CGCAGCAAACCCCGUGGUUCGGUGGUUGUCUCGAUGCAGGUGGUGGCUACGCGCGCGGGAACAGAACGUAGCUGCCGAUGCUGGCGUUUGCUGGGGGCUGUGCUGUAUGUGACUGCAGUGACCCGAGUUUUCAAGAUCUGCCCCGAGCUAAGCCGGGACACUGCAGCAGAAGUGCUGCUACUCCUGGGGCAGAGGGAGGAUGAUCCCAGAGUCCUGGACAGCAUGCUCCCGUACCUGAUGGCCUACUAUGGUAACCCCCACUCCAGGACACACGCCUAUGGCUGGGAGAGCGAGGCUGCUGUGGAGAGGGCGAGACAGCAAGUUGCAGAUUUAAUAGGAGCUGAUUCAAAGGAAAUUAUAUUUACCAGCGGUGCAACAGAAUCAAAUAAUAUGGCAAUUAAGGGUGUUGCAAGGUUCUAUAAAUCCAGAAAAAAGCAUAUCAUUACUACGCAAACAGAGCACAAGUGCGUGUUGGAUUCUUGCCGUUCCUUGGAGUCAGAAGGUUUUCGGGUCACGUAUCUGCCUGUUAAAGAAAAUGGGCUCAUAGAUUUGAAGGAGUUAGAGGCUGCGUUCCAGCCAGAUACAAGUUUGGUUUCUGUAAUGACUGUGAAUAAUGAAAUAGGAGUCAAGCAGCCAAUCCACGACAUUGGUGAGAUCUGCCGCACACGUAAGGUUUUCUUCCACACAGAUGCUGCACAAGCAAUUGGUAAAAUUCCUGUGGACGUCAACAACAUGAAAAUUGAUCUAAUGAGCAUCAGUGGCCAUAAAAUUUAUGGGCCCAAAGGGGUUGGUGCUAUCUAUGUUCGCCGUCGACCGCGUGUCAGGCUAGAACCGCUGCAAAGUGGGGGAGGCCAGGAGAGAGGACUGCGGUCGGGGACUGUGCCCACUCCUUUAGCAGUGGGCCUGGGGGCAGCGUGUGCAGUGGCACAGCAGGAGAUGGAGUAUGACCACAAGCGAAUCUCACAACUGGCAGAACGACUGGUUACAAAAAUAAUGAGUGAAGUUCCUGAUGUGGUUAUGAACGGAGAUAGAGAACAUCGCUAUCCAGGAUGCAUCAAUUUAUCUUUUGCAUAUGUGGAAGGCGAGAGUCUUCUGAUGGCUCUGAAAGAUGUGGCUCUGUCUUCAGGAAGUGCUUGCACAUCAGCUUCUCUGGAGCCUUCCUAUGUUUUGCGGGCAAUUGGAACAGAUGAAGACUUGGCUCACUCAUCUAUAAGAUUUGGCAUUGGUCGUUUCACUACAGAGGAGGAAGUAGAUUAUACAGUGCAGAAGUGCAUACAACAUGUUAGGAGGCUGAGGGAAAUGAG